AUGGAAUCCGUAAAGGCCAAUGUCACUUUGACGAACGAGAAGGAAAAGGUUGAGAGGCAUCUGAAUCACUUGAAUGAGGUAAUUUGCUUUUAUAUAAUUCUUUUAAAGUUUAGGUUUUGAAAGUUAUCGAUCAACAGAAGGAAACUUAUGAAAACGUGCUAAAGGAAUACAAUGAGUUGUCAAAUAAAAUAUCUGAAUACUCAAAGUCUCUGAAAGUUAAGAUCAAUGUGAGUUUUACAUUGUCUUAGAUGUCAUCCUCUGGUUAGGUGGAGUAAGUUUUAUUUUUAGGCUCCGUUAGGCAAAAAGGCGUUUCUUCCUUGUUCUCUAAGCAGGACGAAUGAAUAUACCGUCUUUUUGGGCGAUCGACAUCUUGUUAAAAGGAGUGCUCAUGAUACUAUCGAAUAUAUUAACCGAAGGAAAGCUCAAAUCACUCAGCAGGUGAAGUUGUUGGAGCAACAGAAAGAAGAGACAGAAAGGAAGAUCAAGAUGACUACAGAACUUUUCUCCGGAGUAUGUUUUCAUAUUACCUGCGCCUUAUUGUUGCCUCGUCUUCAUGAAUAAUUUAUUCGGUUAUCGCUUAUUACCUUUAUUUCCAGUUGCGAGGCGAUGAAGUGGAAAUCAUCGAGCCGUAUGAUGAAAAGCAGCCAAAGUCACGUGAGUUGGUACACUUAUUCACAUUACCUCAUAAUUUUAGACGCCAGAAAACGGUUGGAACAACAACAGAAGGUUAGCCAGCAGGACUUCAAGGUAUUUUUUUGGUUAGAUUAGUAUUUUUGUUUGAUUUUUAGGGUAUAUGAAAGAUAUUUUAGGACAUAAUGAGUCGUUUGGAUGACCUAGAAGUCGAAGAGAAAAAAGAGCUCGAAGAGGAUUUAAUUGAACCUGUACCCUUCCCUUCCAAGCAUAAAGAAGGUCAAGAUUCAGAAUCAUCCAGUGAUGAGGAACAUGAGGAUGAUGAAACUUCACAAAAUGGACAUGCAGGUUAUCCCGACGAAGAAUUUGAUCAUGAGCAAUAUACGGAAGAGGAAAUGAGAGCUCUCGAGCCACCAAAAGGAGUCCCAAAAGAAGACUUUGACAAACUCUUGAAGUAUUUGAAUCAAAUGGAUUUGGAGGAUGAAGAAGAGACGGAUUCGGAUGAACUGAGCGACAUUAAUGAGGGAAAAGAAGACAGUGAUGAAGAAAUUGGGCGAAUUGUGGAGGAAGAUGGUGAGAGUUGGGAUUUCUUUUUGUACUAAUUCAUUCUUCAGAACAGCCAGAGAUCGUGAAGAUCAUUGAUGAAGAAAAUAUUACGAAAGAAAACGAAGGAGAAGAUGAAGGCAAUGAUAAGAAGGAGAAUGUGGACGAAAGCGACCUCAAGGACACACAGAAACACUCUAGAGACGACGAGCCCAAGACUAAAAGAGGAGUCCGAUUCAAUGCUGAGGAACUUGGGCCCACUGGAGGACAACAACCUGAACCAGAGGUCAAAUCAAUCCUCAGAAAUCGAGACGAAAAACCUCGGGUAGACCGACAGUAUGCAGAAUGGAUGAAUAAACGCUUUGAGAAGAAGAUCGAGCCAGAAUCCAAGAAUGUUUUCAAAGGAUCAAUCGUUGAGAAAGACCCUCUUCUCACCUUGAACAGGGCAUCGGAGACAUUGAACUUGACCUCAGAACAGAAGCCCCAAAAAUUGUCUAAAUUCAAACAAAACCGGUUAAAGAAAUAA